CUACUUUUUCAGUUUUUGACAUGGCGACAGUAGUGAAUAUUGCCUUGCGUGUGUUGUCAUGGAUUGUGACGUUUAUGUUUCUGAUGGCCAGCCUCAUCAAAGUCUGCCCAUUCAUCCCGCACAUGCACGCGGAAAUGGCCAAGGAAUUUGUGAAGUUGGCUGAGGUAUGCCCUACUGCCUGGUUCGGUUACAUCCCUCCUUCCUACAUCUACAUGGUGACUGUAGGAGCCUGGGAAUUGUUCUGUGUCGUCGGACUGUUCACUACGGGACUGCGGAAAACGUGCUAUGCUAUACUCACCGUAAUAAUGAUAGGAGCUAUAUACUCUCAUGCGGCCCUCAACGAUUACAAAGGACUGCCUGUACCAACGUUUAUGUUAGUGGCGUGUUCUGUUUUGUUUUUAUCAUCUUCAUCCCAGCCAGAGAAAAUGAAAAGAAAUUAAGAAGGACAAUAGCCCGGAAAAAAAGAUGUUCUACAGUGCCGUGGCUGAGGCUUUAGAAGCUGCUGUCGUUGUUUGAUUUACACCAUCUGAUGAAAAUGAUGUCGAAUUUUGACUAGGUAUAUCAAUAUAUGGCAAAUACUCAACUGUAGUGUAUAGGACUGUAAAUGUAUAAACUUUUAAAGAUAGAUUUUUUGCAUAUUUUAGCAAAGGUAGAAUAGUUUACCUAACAUUAAACGUGUAAAAUGAAUACAAAUAAAAUUAUUUUAUCCAACAGAGACAA